AUGCCUGACUUUGCUCUUCUCGCCAUCCCGGCCUUUACCAUUCUGGCCGUGGUCCCUCACGCAUAUGCUCUCUCAACUGUCAAGAAACACACACAAUGGUCAAACGCAAAUGGUAGAGGCGAAGGUAACAUCCAACACGUAAAGAAGUCUCUCCCUCCCGCCGUCUUCGCAACCUACGAACGUGCCGAAGCUGCACACAAGAACAGCAUGGAGAACUUGCCUUUGUUCAUCGGUACCAUCCUGUCUGGUGUUCUCGCCGAGAAGGUCACCAGAACCGAUGUUGGCAAUGCUCAAUUUGCUGCUGUGUUCUUGGGCUUGAGAAUCUUGUACACUCUGCUCUACGCCAGUCAUGCUCGUUCCUUGACCUGGACGGCCACUGUAGUUCUUUGCUUCUACCAAUUCUACAAGGCAGCAGUUGCUCUUGCUUGA